AUUUCAUUUAGCUUUCGAUUACUUACUAUUACUAUUUAAAACCUCUUACUUUAACAAAGUUAAUUACAAUUUACUACCAAUUUCAUGGAGACCUCUUUCUUAUUUCCUUUUUCACUCAUGCUUUUUAUUACAUUAAACAUCUUCUUCACCCUCACCUCAUCCGCAACACUAACAAAUUUCUCCACCGAUCAAGAUGCUCUACUUGCGUUAAAAAAUGCCAUUAUUGUCGACACAAAUGGCGUCUUGAGCAACAGAUGGCUCACCAACACUUCCAUCUGUGACUGGAUCGGCGUCUCAUGUGGUAUCAAACACAACAGGGUGACAGCCCUCAAUCUCUCCAACUUCGCCCUCCAUGGAAAGCUCACUCCACAUCUGGAAAACCUAACGUUUCUCCAGACCUUGGAUGUCAGCUCCAACAAUUUCAUAGGUGCCUUACCCGUUGAGCUGUCUAAACUACGCCGCUUGAAGCAAGUAAUAGUGACAUCUAACAACUUCACCGGAGAAAUACCGAGAGGUAUCCUUACAAACAUGUCUUUAUUGGAAGACAUUGAUCUGAGGUUUAACAACCUAUCAGGCGAGCUCCCCAGUGAUAUAUGCAAUAAUACUCCGAAACUGAAGAGAUUAUUUCUUAGAGAUAAUAAAAUUUAUGGAAAAAUUCCAACGAGUAUGUAUAAGUGCAGAAAGAUGGAGGAGCUGAGCUUGUCCAUGAAUAUGUUCAGUGGAAACAUACCAACUGAAAUUGGGAAUUUGAGCAUGCUUACGCUUUUAUCUAUAUAUGAUAACCAUCUCCAAGGAAAUAUUCCGUUUUCUAUUUUCAACGUUUCACGGUUGGAAAUUAUAUUUCUCCGUGGGAAUAAUCUGUAUGGAAGAAUACCAACAAACUUGGACAAUUUACUCAACCUCAAAAAGUUAUAUCUUAGCGGGAACAACUUAACAGGCAAGAUACCGAAGGGGAUUGGACAUCUUACAUCCUUGACUCAUCUCUACCUUAGUAGAAAUAGCUUGACAGGUGUCAUACCGAAGGAGAUUGGACAUCUUACAUCGUUAACUGAUCUGUCCCUUGGUUCUAAUAGGUUGACAGGAAAUAUUCCGUCUUCUAUCAUCAACAUUUCUUCAUUGGAACUCAUAUACCUCGAUCAAAAUAACAUAUCUGGAAGCAUACCCACAAAUUUAGACAAUUUACUCAACCUCCAAGCGUUGCAUCUAAGCGCCAACAACUUAUCAGGAAAUAUUCCGUCUUCUCUCUUCAACGUGUCCUCGUUGAAAGUCAUAGACCUCUCUUUCAAUCAUCUAUAUGGAAGUGUACCCACAAAUUUGGACAGUUUACUUAACCUCCAAGAACUGGAUCUUACCUUGAAUAACUUGACAGGUAGCAUACCCACAAAUUUGGGCAAUUUACUCAACCUCCGAACGUUGCGUAUUAGCGGCAACAGUUUAACAGGUUACAUACCGAAGCAAGUUGGCAACCUCACUUCGCUAAUGAUUCUAUAUUUGGGUGGCAAUAAGUUUACAGGUUCCAUACCCAACCAAGUUGGUAACCUCACUUCGCUAAGAAGACUGAAUUUGGCAAUCAAUAACUUGAAAGGCGAAAUUCAAACCUCUAUCACCAAUGCUUCUCAGCUUACUGAUAUAGACUUGAGCAGCAAUUCAUUCACUGGCCCCAUCCCCGACUUCGGUAACCUAAGACAUCUGCAAUUCCUUGGUCUGAGGGAAAAUAAUUUGACUGGAGUUGAAUCGCCGAAUCAAGAAUUGGAAUUUCUCUCCAGUUUAACAAACUGCCAAAAGUUGAGGAAGUUGGAUAUUAGUAACAAUCCGGUGAUGAAUGGUAUCCUUCCAGCUUCCAUUGGAAACUUGUCUACUUCUCUUUCCACCUUUGCAGCAUCUAACUGCAGCAUCAGAGGUAUAAUUCCUCAUGAAAUUGGAAAUUUGAGGAAUUUGGAUGUUUUGGAUUUGUCCAAGAAUCAACUCACAGGAUUCAUCCCAACUACAUUUCAAGUGGGUUGUACGAUUCCGUUGGUAAGAGUGCCACCCCAGUUCGCAGAACUGGUGCUCUCUUCCUUUUGUAGUGGUGUACAGAAUUUGGAUUUAUCCAAGAAUCAAUUCACGGGAUUCAUCCCGACUACAUUUUCAAAUGGUUGUAGGCUUGAGUCACUCAACUUGAAUGGUAAUAAGUUGGAAGGAGCAUUACCCCAAUCCCUUUCAAAUUGUCGAAAUCUGCAGGUUCUUGAUAUUGGAAACAACAAAAUACAAGACACAUUUCCAGUUUGGACCGGAAAUCUCUCUGAUCUUCGCGUCCUCAUAUUGAGAUCCAACAACUUUAGUGGUACCAUUCCUUCUCUCACUUCCAAGACUAGGCUUCCUUUCCCCAACUUGCAGGUUUUUGAUGUAUCCCAUAAUGCAUUCAUUGGCGAUCUGCCCCAAGGAUAUCUGAGUAAUUUCAAAGGGAUGAUAGAUGUACAAGAAAAAUAUCGAAGAGAAUUGGGGUCUCUGAUUCCGAUUCCGUUUCCCAUUCCCAUCCCCAUUCCCAUUCCAAUUGCAGUUUAUUCAUAUUCGUUUACAUUAACAGUGAAAGGUUCAGAUCUAGAAUAUAAGAGAAUGUUGAUAACCUUGACAACAAUUGAUGUGUCAUCCAACAGAUUCUCAGGCAUUAUACCAAAUUCCAUAGGAGAUUUAAAUUCCUUGAUUAAUUUGAAUCUGUCUCACAAUUGCCUCACAGGAGGUAUACCUGCAUCUCUUGGAAACAUUACGGAACUCGAGUCAUUGGACUUGUCUUCAAACCGUUUGGAAGGGGAAAUUCCAACAGAGUUAACAAAGCUCACAUUUCUUUCUACGGUGAACUUUUCCAUGAAUAAUCUUUCAGGGAAAAUACCUCAAUCCAAUGGCCAGUUUUCCACAUUUGACAAUUCAUCAUAUGUUGGGAAUUCUGGACUAUGUGGGCUUCCAUUAACACGAAAAUGUGAAGAGCCUUUGCCUUCAGCGAUGUUGGAAGAUGAUGAUGAUGAUUAUGGUAUUCUAGAGGGAUUCUGUUGGCAGGCCGUUGUUUCUGGUUAUGGAUGUGGAUUCGUAAUUGGUGUUAUUAUUGGUUGUCUGAUUCUUGGGUAUGGAAGGCCUAAAUGGUUGUUGGAAUGGAUCUACAAAUUUUACAGGAUAAAGAUGAGAAGGCGUAGAAGAAAUGUGGCACCACAAAGAAGAUGAAGAUAACAAGGUUGAGUUACAUUGUUUAUUUACUGUUGGUGUUGUUUACUUACAUUUAUUAGCCUGUUAUGUUGAACUUUCUGAGUUAUGUUAAAUAUUCAAGAUUCUGUAGAAUAUAAUGUGUGGAUAGUUUUGUUUCCCUACACAUCAUUUAUUCUUCACAAGCGUGUUAUCUAUUUA